AUGACCAGCGUUCCACAGAUCCAGGUCUUCUCCGUUGAGGGGAAGGCUGACGCCGAACUCCCACUUCCAGAUGUCUUCAAGAGCCCAAUCCGUUCCGACAUCGUUCAGACCGUUCACGCCGGUAUGGCGAAGAACAAGAGACAGGCCUACGCCGUCAGCGUAAAGGCCGGUCAUCAAACCUCCGCCGAGUCUUGGGGAACUGGUCGUGCCGUUGCCCGUAUUCCUCGUGUCUCCGGUGGUGGUACUCACCGUGCUGGCCAGGCUGCCUUCGGUAACAUGUGUCGUUCCGGAAGAAUGUUCGCUCCUACCAAGGUCUGGAGAAGAUGGCACGUCAAGAUCAACCUGAACCAGAAGCGAUUCGCUACUGCAUCCGCCAUCGCCGCCUCUGCUUCUCAGCCUCUUGUCCUUUCCCGUGGUCACAGAAUCUCAACCACCCCAUCCAUUCCUCUCGUUGUCUCCUCCUCCUCCUUCCCAGACCUCGCCAAGACCCGUGCUGCCGUUGCCCUCCUCAAGGCCGUCGGCGCCUAUACCGAUGUUGUCAAGGUUACCAAGUCCAAGAAGCUCCGUGCCGGAAAGGGAAAGCUUCGUGGUCGCCGCCACAGACAGCGACGUGGUCCUUUGGUUAUCUACGACCCUGCCACUGAUGGAAAGGUCCUAAGCAAGGCUUUCAGGAACAUUCCUGGUGUUGAGACCUGCCCUGUCACCGCCCUCAACCUCCUCCAGCUCGCCCCUGGUGGCCAUCUUGGUCGCUUCGUUAUCUGGUCGUCGGAUGCUUUCAAGGCCCUCGACACCAUCUACGGCACAUCCACCUCUCCCUCGGGCACAAAGAAGGACUACAGCCUUCCAUCUGCCCAGGUCACCAACGCUGAUAUCGGACGUCUCAUCAACUCUUCUGAAAUCCAGUCUGUUGUCAGAGCUGUCAAGGGUAGUGCUAAGUCGAAGCGCGCUGGUGGACAGAAGAAGAACCCAUUGAAGAACAAGCAGGUCCUUCUCAGAUUGAACCCAUACGCCAAGGGCUAUGCCGAUGCCAAGUUGGGACAGACCAAGUACAAGGAAGGAAAGCCCGUAAGGGCAAACGCCACUUUCCACGAUGUCUUGAGCACUGCUUAA